AUGGUUGAUCGUGGCUGGCAGCGCAGCAAGAAGAAUGUCAGAGAUGAUCGCACAGUUCUAGGACAUGGAUCCCAAAAAGCCGGAAAUCAUGACAUCACUAUCACUAUCGCAGGGCCACGGUCUUCUGGAAAGCCUCCUUCUACUACAGCCAAACGCACAACUGAAGCCAAUAGAGCACAAGAACGAAAGGUUAGCGUCCAGUUUAUGCAAUAUGAACCUCCGGUCUCAGCAGCUGGACAAGCCAGCGAGCGAUGCAGACGAACAGCAAGGAGGGCCAAAAGCGUUGUUCAAAGACGAAGAGGACAAGCACCGUCUGCCGCACAUCCAAUCGUCAGUCCAAGUCCCUUGUCGGUGCGCUCAUCAACGUUGAGGCAAAGCAUACCUGGGAGUGCUUCUCCACUGUAUACCUUCAUCGACCCUGAAGUAAGCAGCUUUCAAGAGUUCAUCGCGUAUUAUCCGACCCGGUUAGCCUCAGCAUUGCUCCCGAUCAGCAAACAUGCUCCAGUGAGCUCCAAUGCGAUCAAGGAGAUAUGGCUCCCCGCAGCAAUCAACGAUGAGGUAUUCUUACAUGUUAUACUCCUUUCUUCAGCCAUGCACUACGUCUCAACCAUGAAUUGCGAAGACGUCGGCGACUCAAACCUCCUCUUGAAAGUGAUAUUCGACCGACUCAACCGCCGCCUUCUGACCGGUAAAUACUCCGACACGACAAUAGGUGCCGUCUCCUGUUUGGCUCUUAACGAGAAUGGACAGGGCAGUCAUACCCAGUGGGCAAUACACACGGCAGGCAUGUCAGAAAUGAUCCGUGACCGGGGCGGCAUGGCUUCAAUACCUCCAGAGAAGCGAUUGAAGCUGUACCGGGGUGAAAUCAUAGGAGCUGUCGACACACUCUCAAUGCCACGAUUGCCACAGCCACCACGAACUACGAAAUCCCUUUACGACACCAUGAAAAUGAGCUUUCCUCCGCACGUUACACUGCUAUCUGCGAUUCUCGAGUCAAAUGUGACGCGAAACAUGUCUGACCUUCUCAUCGAUCUAUCGCUGUUCUCACAGACUCUGAACUAUGCAGCCAAAUCCGGGGUCGUCAUCGACUCCAUGGCUUACGAAGAGGACAUCACACGCAUGCAGUACGAUCUACUGGUUAUUGAUACAUUAGGCGGCACGGCCCUGGACGGUGCCUGCAGGUUGGCAGCAUUAGCCUUCGGCCAGAGCAUCAUGCAGGAGACACCUUUCCGAAGGAGUGCCUCGGUGGAGAUCUCGCGGCAGUUGCAAGGUAUAUUGACUGUUGAUGACUCGGCUGGUUUCGAUUCUGACCUGAUGUUCUGGAUUCUGGUGAUGGGAGCGUUGGUCUCAUCUCAAACAGCCGAGAAAGAAUGGUUCCGGACUAAGCUCAGAGAUAGGGUGAGCCAAAGAGGUCAUUGCUUCUCAUGGCCAGCUGCAAAAGCUCUCCUAGGAGCCAUGUUCUGGGUUGACUGUCUACUGGAUGUCCAUGGAGAGAGGCUGUGGCACGAAGUAUCUGGGCCUACUUGCGUUCGUCAAUCCGCGUAG